AUGAAAACGUUCAAAAUGGCCGAAGAAAAUGACAGUUACCCCUUACACGAAGCUGUUUUUAAUAACGAUUUAAAAUCCCUGUCACGGUUAUUAAGGAAACACGAUGUAGGGGCUAAGGACAAACACGGGAACACCGCCCUACAUUUGGCUGUAAUGUUAGGGCGGAAAGAAUGUGUACAGCUACUCUUGAAACACGAUGCCCCUGUCAAGGUGAAAAAUGGCUUAGGGUGGACGGUUCUGGCGGAGGCGGUGAGCUACGGGAACAGACCCACAAUUUCGUCGCUCGUGCGGAAGUUCCGGCAGCAAUCCCGCGAGCAGAUGGAGGAGCGCCGGCCGAACUUAGUCGAGGCUUUAAAUAGGAUUAACGACUUCUAUAUGGAGCUAAAGUGGGAUUUUCAAUCAUGGGUGCCCCUUGUCUCCCGCAUCUUGCCCUCCGACAUCUGCAAAAUCUACAAAAGUGGCGCCAACAUCCGCCUUGACACGACCUUAGUCGACUUCUCCGACAUGCGGUGGGAGCGCGGUGAUAUUUCUUUUAUUUUUAACGGCAACGCCGAACCUAACGAAAGUUUGACCGUCCUUGACAAUAUAAUGAAAGUUUAUCAGAGAGUUCGCUACGAAGAGAGCGAAAUGGAGAUCGAGGAUGAAGUGGACUUGUUGAUGUCCACGGAUAUUCUGGCAGCUCAGAUCUCCACGAAGAGCAUCUCGUUUGCGCGGGCGCAAAGCGGGUGGAUAUUUCGCGAAGACAAAAAAGAAUUGGUGGCCGGGCAGUACGAAAGCGAGUUAUACACAGUGAACGGGUUGAUGUUGGAGAGUAGGAAACGGCGGGAGCACCUGUCUUCGGACGACUUACAGAAAAAUAAGGCGAUUUUGGAGAGUUUUACCAAAGGGGGGAAUUUGCAAAAUUUUGACCAGAAUGGAGUACCCGUCCGUAGAACGAGCUUAAUUCCUCCCCCAGAGAAAAACGUGACGUGGCAGCAGUACAUAAAUGCAAACCUUAACGAUUACCCGCGACUGGGGCGCGAUCUGGUGUACAAAGAAACGACAAAAGCGUUCAAGGCCACGAUUGCAAUGAGUUCCGAUUUUCCGUUAUCAGUGGAAAUGUUACUUAACGUCCUCGAGGUCAUCGCGCCCUUUAAACACUUCUCCAAACUGAGAGAUUUCAUCACUUUCAAGCUCCCCACCGGGUUUCCAGUGAAAGUAGAAAUCCCGAUCUUGCCCACCGUGACGGCGAAAAUCACAUUCCAGCAGUUUGAAUUCCGGAAUAACAUACCAAAAGAACUGUUUGAGACUCCCAAGCACUAUAAAGAGGACCCCACAAGAUUUCCAGAUUUAUGACGUCCUGAACUGUUCAACUCCUUCGAAAUCACCUACACAAAAAAACCAGUGUUCCUUUUACCAUAUGAUAGACGUCUCUUAGCCAAGGCGAAGUUUGUCGGUAAACUAAGAAAAUCAAAGGAUUCGAUGGGGGGCAACAGUGGUCCUACGGUGUGCGUCGAAGUACCUAUGUUAUUCACACUAGGCAGCAUCUACUCGACUAGUUGUCUAGUCUAUUUGGAAUAAAAUUACUUUAUUUUCACUGAA